CCGCAAUCAGCCUCCGGUCCACGCACGCACCAAGUCCCCAGCUCAACGCAACGCCUCCGGCCCCUCCCGCAGUCACCCUCUCCGUCUGCCCCUCUGUCCACCGCCGCCGUUCCUCGCUUGUUCUAGUGGAGUGGGGUGGAGCUCCAUCCUGACUUAGAUUGGUUUCUACCUCUGUUGUUAUAAUGGCGUCGCCAAUCUCUGCAAGACAAGCUCAACGAAUUCCUAUACUAUGUAACAACGGACUUCCAAGAUUUUCUCUAGUAAAGAUGUCAUGCUUGGGAAUUAACCAAAGUAGCCAUGGAUCCAAUACCAUCGUAUCUUCAUCACCAAGCCAGGGAGAUGUUAAAAAGAUCCAGCCUGUAGUCAAAAUGUGUGGCAUCACAUCUGCUAGAGAUGCAGAAAUGGCUGUAGUGGCAGGAGCUAAACUUAUUGGCAUGAUACUGUGGCCUAACUCUAAACGCUCCGUCUCAUUAUCAGAGGCAAAAGAAAUAUCAAGAGUUGCACAAUCUUAUGGUGCUGAAUCAGUUGGUGUCUUUGUGGAUGAUGAUGAAGAGACAAUAUUACGAUUGUCUGAUUCAUGCGACCUUAACUUCAUCCAGCUCCAUGGAGAUGAAUCUCGUGCAUUGGUUCAUACCCUUUCAAAGAAUAAUCAUAUCAUUUAUGUACUAAAUGCUGAUGACGAUGGAAAGCUAAUCAGUGCUCCUCCUGACAUAGAAUAUGAACUUGAUUGGUUCUUAGUGGACAGUGCAAAAGGUGGAAGUGGAAAGGGAUUCAACUGGCAGAAGUUCCAAAUGCCAUCUGUUAGAAGCAAGAAUGGAUGGCUAUUAGCUGGAGGACUUCAUCCAGAUAAUGUUUGUGAAGCCUUUUCUGCUCUGAAACCAAACGGAGUGGACGUUAGCAGCGGUAUUUGUGCUCCUGAUGGUAUCCGAAAAGACCCCAACAGGAUUUCUUCCUUCAUAAGUAACAUAAAAUCCCUGAGUUGAUCAUAACGUCGUUUGGUUGUGGAGAGCUUAAUUUCCUUUCAUUUGCCCACUUUGAGGAGAAUGAGGCAAAUUCACGUUGAAAACAACCUAAAUGCAAUCUUGUCAACAUGAUAAUGAUAAAUUGCAGUUGACGUUGAAGUUGAAGUUUUGAUCAAAUUUCUGAAGAGUGAAUGUUAUAUGUAUCACCGUUUGUAUUUCUUUGUAAUGUACUAAGUUGAUUUUCUAUGCAUCUCUAGUUCAGAGGCAAAAUAAA